ACAACAUUAGCCCGUCUGUCUCUCCCUUAUUAGACAUUCUCUGACAUUAGGUUAUAGCCUGGGUAUAGCCUACCUAUCUUAACGUACCACACUCUUAGAGAGUGGGCAAACUGUGCUUAGGCAGGAAGGAUGUUUUUGCUUGCGCAACACUGGCUGACUGCCAAUGUGUCUGCAACUCUACCUACAGGCCGCAGACAAAGACAGAAAUAAACCCUUUAUUUAAAAGAAAUCCAACACAUUUUGGUUUUUGAUGCAAGGCUUUCGACGAGGGACUGCAUCUCGUCGUUUUUAAUCUAUCGAUGCUUGGAUUUUAAAUCAGGUUUUAAAGUCAAAUUUCAAGUCUCUACAUUAUAUUCACUUAAACGUGAGCAUUCCUUUAUGAAAACGUCAUCUGGGCUGCUUCAAACGGAAACGUGCUGGAUUGCCAACUUUGUUAUUCAAGACUGCCUGACCAAGGGUUCUAUGGAAGAGAUGUCAGGAGUGAGUGCGGUGAACUCGCCGCUUCCAGCGGCUACAACUCGUACCACCUCGUUCAAGGGUUCCUGUCCGAGUUCCAAAUACGUGAAGCUAAAUGUGGGUGGUGCGCUCUACUACACCACAAUGCAGACCUUGACUAAACAGGAUACCAUGCUCAAGGCCAUGUUCAGUGGCAGGAUGGAAGUUCUCACUGACAGUGAAGGCUGGAUUUUGAUUGACAGAUGUGGGAAGCACUUCGGAACCAUCCUGAAUUACCUGCGUGAUGGCGCGGUGCCCCUACCCGACAUCAGACGGGAAGUGGAGGAGCUUCUGGCUGAAGCAAAGUACUAUCUGGUGCAGGGCCUGUCAGACGAGUGCCACGCAGCCUUACAGAACAAGGACACCUACGAGCCGUUCUGUAAAGUUCCCCUGGUGACGUCCUCCAAGGAGGAGCAGAGACUCAUCACUACCUCCAACAAGCCUACGGUCAAAUUGUUGUACAACCGAAGCAACAACAAGUACUCGUAUACCAGCAACUCUGAUGACAACAUGCUGAAGAACAUUGAGCUGUUUGACAAGCUCUCCCUUCGCUUCAACGGCCGGGUGCUGUUCAUCAAGGACGUGAUCGGAGACGAGAUCUGCUGCUGGUCUUUCUACGGGCAGGGCCGCAAGAUCGCUGAGGUGUGCUGCACCUCCAUCGUCUACGCCACGGAGAAGAAGCAGACCAAGGUGGAGUUUCCAGAGGCCCGAAUCUAUGAAGAGACGCUCAACAUUCUCCUGUAUGAGUCCCAGGAUGGGCGUGGCCCUGACAACGCUCUGCUGGAGGCCACGGGGGGCGCCGCGGGGCGCUCCCACCACCUGGACGAGGACGAGGAGCGUGAACGCAUCGAGAGGAUCCGACGCAUUCACAUCAAACGGCCCGAUGACCGCACCCACCACCACCAGUAACCACGACAACGGCCAGUAACCGCACCCAUCACCGCCAGCAACCACGACAACCAGUAACCACUGCAACAGCCAGUAACUGCACUACCCACCACCAGUAACCAUGACAGCUAGUAACUACUAAAUUACAUGACCUGUAAACACACCAACUCCUGUGACCACACCCACUAACCUUUACACUAAAUACCUGCCACCACCACCAGGGGGCAUAUCUAUCACUGUUACCAAAGAUUUUUUGACACACAGUCACACUUUCCCCCAUGACUACUGGGCCUCUAGUGCUCUCACUAGAACACUGGUCACCUGUAUCUCUCCCUAGUACUGUAUUAUUAGAACUCCGUGGUGCGUUUUAAUGGCAUCAUCAGACCACAUCAGUGUUGAUCUUUCCAGAAGCCCCUCUCAGGGCUUGCUAAUGAACCAAACUCAACGGUCUUAACAAACCACCUCCGUCCUGGGCUCCCAUUCAGGGAUGCUUAUCACUUUUGUCUUUAGAAUUCAUCAUGUUGCCUUCACCCAGGAGGUUGUGCCUUAUGUGUUUGCAUUGAAGUGCUAUCUACAAACUAUCCAGACACUUUGCAUUGCUUUAAAAUGUUCCACAGGCAUAUAUUUUAUUGAUUGUAUUCCAGUUAUUAUACAUACUGUGUAAAGAUGCUACACUCCAACUAUUAAUCUUCCAGUUCUUUUUAAAACAUAUUUUUCUAUAGUGAAAUUAUAUUGAUAGUAUGAAUGUGAGUAUAUGUACUGUAUUAGGAUUGCGCUUGUUACAAAAACGCCACCAGCAGAUCAAAUCAUGGGUCAAACCAAGAAGGUUUUGUGUCUGUGCUACUUUACUCCAGCAGAGGGCGUACUGUGGCCACAACUACAAUAUAUUCCUGACGUCAGUCUUGGCCCACCUUGUUUCUGCAGAGCUACCCUCUUGUAGUCUUACCCUGUUGUAUCUAACCCAAUUCAACUUGUCAACAAGUGAAUUAUGAAAGUAAGCUAUGGUAUAUUUGGACAGUAUAUUUGGAGUGAAAACCAACAGUUCAGACCUGUAGAUCUCCAGGAACAGGGUUGACCAUGCCUGUAAUGUGAGUGUUCUAAAGAAGGAUUGCUGAGUCGUGUUAACACUGUGUUCUAGUGACAUGUAGCCUUCUUGACGAUUUUUUUAGAUGCAGGUGAAUGAAUAUCAGUGUUUCUUUUGUGAAAAUGCUGAUCGCUAGCACUACUGAAGGUGAAAUAAUUGAACAAACAUAAGUGGAAGGUAGAUCAUUCCUUAUCAGAGAAUGUUAAUCAUUUCACAUGUAGAACUGUCUUUUGCACUGUAUUUAUCAACUUUUCUAGAAAUAAAGAUUUGUAUGAGUACA